AUGGUUUUAUCAAGAAUUCUAGUUUUGUUUCUCAUCCUGUGUUUAUCCAAAGCUGAUGACAUAUGUCAAGGAAAUACUGGUAUCCAAUGGAUAGCGGAUCCCAAUGACUGCUCCGUGUUUUAUCUCUGUUUUAACUCGUCGUCGUUCAAAUACAUGUGUCCCGUCAACUCCGUCCGAGAUUUUAUCACAAAAGCCUGUGUUCCAAAAGGAUCCAGAUACGAUACAUGUACCAAGAAAGAGGAAACAAUCUGUUCACCUGAUGAUAUAUUAAAACCACAUCCGACCGGAAACUGUGCUAAAUACAUCGAUUGUGAGAUGAUGCUGACCAGGUCUGCUGACUUCAGAACCGCAACCAAGGAAUGUGACUACCCUCUAUUGUUUGAUGAAGACUCUGGACGCUGCCAGAUUCCGGAAACAGCCGAGUGUGGAACUCGCUCCGUCCCUAAAAAUCCAUGUGAAUACGAGGCUAACCAAUGUCAGCGAGGUCACUGUAUCCCUUGUUACAUCCGGUUUCCUAGCUGUGACGGACUUCCAGAUGGUCUGAAUGCCUGGAAAGGACGGGAAGAUUCGCCCUACUACGUCGUCUGUAAGAAAGAACGUGUAGUGUACCAUGGACAAUGUUCCAAUGAGGAAAAGACUCAGUUGUUUGACCCGGAGGAACGCGUAUGUAAGGCCCAGUAG